AUGGCCGCCGGACAACCUUCAUACAUCAUUGUCGGCGCUGGCGUUUUUGGAGUUUCCACGGCAUUGCACCUUAUCAAGAAGUAUCCACAAGCAUCAGUCACAAUUGUUGAUCGCGACCAACACGAUGCCGACACUCGAGUGGCUGCCUCCUGGGACUGGAACAAGGUCGUACGUGCCGACUACGAUGAUGUAGUGUACUGCCAGAUGGGUAUUGAGGCGCAAGAUGUAUUCAAGAGCGACCCGCUCUGGAAACCAUACUUCUUCGAGACUGGUAUUUUUUGGACUUGCAGAGACGAUUACGCUGAUGCGGUCAUUGGCAAUUAUCACAAGUUGGGAAGAAAGGCCGACUUGAAGUCCAUCCCGGUCGAGGAAGCUAAGAAGCUACAUGGCGGGGUCUUUGGGGAUGCGGACUACAACGGUGUCAAGUCAGUUCUCAUCAACAAGACCAGCGGCUGGGCUGCAGCAGGUGACUGUCUCAGAGCUGUCACUAAAGAGGCUCUGCGAUUGGGCGUGAAGUACGUGGUGGCAGAAGUAGCAAGCCUGCUCUUCAAUGAAGAUGGCUCCUGUGGCGGCGUCAGGACGAUUGGCGGCACGAACCUCGAAGCAACCCAUACCAUCCUCAGCACUGGAGCAUACACGCCAAAGCUGCUCGAGCUCAGCGCCGAGGAGAGCGGUAUCACAAGAUUGCGAGCUGGAGACCGGAUCGUGGCUGGCGGAAUUACAACUGGCAUGAAAGUCCUCGACGAAGAAGAGCUUCCAACAUACGCUGCAAUGCCCGUGGGUGUUCAAGGUUAUACGCCCGAGCUGGGCCCAUUCAUUGGAAGCCUGCCACCGACAAAGGACAGGCAGUUGAAAUGGUGGGGCCAGACCAUUUUCAAGAAUACGACAGAGGUGCUUCCUGGGCGACAUGUUUCGGCGCCUCCCGAGCGGCCUGAGUACAAUCAGUGGAAGAUUUCAAAGAAACUGAAGAAAGACAUUGAGCACGCACGAGACGUUUUCUAUGGGACGAAGAGCAAGAGCUGGAAGAUGGAGAAGCACAGGAUAUGCUGGGACGCCUUCACCACGAGCUCUGACUUCAUCAUCUCACCACAUGCAGCCGCUAAAGGCUUGUACGUGGCCACGUGUGGAAACUUCCACGGCUGGAAGUUCUUCCCCAUAAUCGGCAAAUACGUGAUGCAGAUGCUCGAGGGCUCGCUGUCACCUGAACUUGCCGACAAAUGGGCAUGGGAUCGCGAGAGGCCCGAUCCCAAAGACUUCGCUGACUAUCCAAGACAUGAAUUACGGGACUUCGAAGAUACCCGCGCAAAGUUGUAA